UUUUAGCUCUUUACAACAUCCAUCCACUCGUAACGUCGCCCACAUCAGCUCGACCUUUUCUAAUUAUUUACCAUUUCAGAUCCGAGGGCUGAUAGACUUCUUUUCUAAACCAAUUUCCACACCCCAAUUCUUACCAUGGAUACUCUCGUAGCCAGGUACAGCCGCCCGGCUGCAUCCCACCAUGAGACGUUCGCCGACGACCAACAAGAAGACCUUCAGAACGAUAUGUCGCCCGCCCUCUCCCUCAAGUUCGCCAUGCCUCCCGUAGCCCAACCCUCGGCCUGGCUCCGCGCAGCGACCGACGACCACUCGAACCCGGACUGCCCGAUCAAGAUCGCGCACGGCACGACGACGCUCGCCUUCCGGUUCCAGGGCGGCAUCAUCGUGGCGACGGACUCGCGCGCCACGGCCGGGAACUGGAUCGCCUCGCAGACGGUCAAGAAGGUGAUCGAGAUCAACAGCUGCCUGCUGGGCACCAUGGCCGGCGGCGCCGCCGACUGCCAGUACUGGCUCGCCUGGCUGGGCAUGCAGUGCCGGCUCCACGAGCUGCGCCACAAGCGCCGCAUCAGCGUCGCCGCCGCCUCCAAGAUCCUCGCCAACCUCGUCUACCAGUACAAGGGCAUGGGCCUGUCCAUGGGCACCAUGUGCGCCGGCGUCACCAAGGAGGAGGGCCCCGCCCUCUACUACAUCGACUCCGACGGCACGCGGUUGGCCGGCAACCUGUUCUGUGUCGGCUCGGGUCAGACGUUCGCGUACGGUGUGCUCGACGCCGAGUACCGUUACGACCUAGGCGAGGAGGAAGCCUUGGAGUUGGGCCGCCGAAGUAUCCUAGCCGCCACGCACCGAGAUGCGUACUCCGGAGGUUACAUCAACCUGUACCACGUCAAGGAAGAGGGUUGGGUGAAACACGGAUUCAGCGACACGAACCCGAUAUUCUGGAAGACGAAGCUGGAGAAGGGCGAGUUCACAAACGUCACGAGUUCAUUGGACUAAGGCAAUGGGUCAAAGAAGCAAAUGGUAAAGCAUAUGCUUCGCAUCGGAUACUCCUGGUGGGGCAUCAGUCACGUAACGGGGCCGGGGAGAAUGCAAAGCAGAGUUUGAUAGACGGUAGCUAUCUAGACGAAUUCCCACGGUCCUUGAGAAUCCGCCGUGUAAAUGUACAACAU